UAGAUAAGUAAUGGCAUUGACGUUUGUUUCGUAAUGGCUGGGUAAAUAUAACCUACCUUAGAAUAAUGGAUAAAAAUGAAGAAGAAUUAAAAAAUAAAGCCAGAAAAAAGGUUGGCGUCAUAAUUAUUGGCGGUGGAAUGGCAGGCCUUUCUGCUGCCAAUCAUUUUAUUAAAAAUGGUUUCAAAGAUUUCUUGUUGUUAGAAGCUCGCAGGCGAUUAGGUGGAAGAAUUGUACAAAUUAAAAUGGGUAACGAAAAAGUGGAACUUGGUGCUAAUUGGAUACAUGGUGUAUUAGGAAAUCCAGUUUAUGAGUUUGCUAUGCAACAGGGUCUAGUUGACAUAUUACAAAUACCAAAAUCUCACAAAAUUGUUGCUGCUACGGAAGCUGGGAAACAAGUACCCUUUCCAAUUCUCCAAGAAAUUUAUGAAGCAUAUCUUUGCUUCCUUAAGCGAUGCGAAGAAUAUUUUAUUUCGCAGUAUUUACCCCCUGAUGGUAUAGAUAGUGUAGGUGAUCAUAUAAAAUUGGAAAUAAAUUUAUAUUUGGAACAAUUUAAAGACAAAAAUGAACGGCAUUUACGUGAGCUAAUAUUUGAUUGUUUAUUGAAACGUGAGACUUGUAUUUCUGGCUGUGAUGAUAUGAAAGAAAUAGACUUACUAGAGUUAGGUAGUUAUACUGAACUACAAGGUGGAAACAUUGUGUUACCAGGUGGUUAUAGCUCAAUUUUGGAGCCGUUAACAAGAUACAUUCCAUCAUCUUCAAUUUUAAAGGAACAUCCUGUAAAAACUAUUUAUUGGAAUAAAAAUAAUACAAGCAAUGGAAAUGAUUCUGAUGAUUCAGACAGAACGGUAAUAGAAGAAUCACCUGAUUCUUGUAAAAAAGACAGUGAUGGUGAUGCAUCUAGUCAUAAUGUUAAAGUUGUUUGUGAGAAUGGUAAACAUUUUUAUGCUGACCAUGUCAUAUGCACAGUGCCAUUAGGUGUUUUGAAACACAAAUAUGAUACACUAUUUGAGCCUAAGUUACCAGAGCACAAAAUUGAAGCCAUUAACAAUUUGUUGUUUGGAACGGUGGAUAAAAUAUUAUUAGAGUAUGAAAGACCUUUUCUUAAUCCAAACAUUACAGAAGUAAUGUUACUGUGGGAUACAACCGAUUAUUCUCAGGACAUUAAAAACAUUUGGUUUAAAAAAAUUUAUUCAUUUACUAAAAUAUCUGACACACUGCUUCUGGGUUGGAUUUCUGGCAGGGAGGCAGAGUACAUGGAAAAAUUGUCAAACGAUGUAGUUGUAGAUAAAUGUACUGAAAUACUGAGAAAGUUUUUGAAUGAUCCUUUUAUACCAAAGCCGAAAAACUGUGUUUGUACUAGCUGGUUUAGUCAGCCAUAUACAAGAGGGUCGUAUACUUCACUUGCUGUUGGCUCUUCUCAAGUUGAUAUUGAAAAUUUAGCACAGCCCUUGUACAGUGAAAGGAAUCAGGCAAAACCUGUCGUAUUAUUUGCUGGAGAACACACACAUAGUAAUUUUUAUUCUACUGUUCAUGGUGCAUAUUUAACCGGACGAACAGCCGCACAAUUACUGCUUUCUCCAGAUGCACCUGAAGAAAUCGUCAUGAAUUGUGACGAAACUAGCGAUUUAAGUUCGUGGAUCCAAGGAAUUAGUCUUGCAUAAUUGCCUUUUUUAUCUUCUGAAAGUACGCUUGUUUUAGGUAAAUACCAAAGUAUCUUUUUUAUACACAAGUUAUUGUUAUUUAAAACUAAGUUAAUAGAUUAAAACAGCAGUAAUUAAUUACACAAAAUAACUGUGAAUGUUAUUAAUUAUAUAUAGAGUUAUUAAUUAAUACUCUUACCUUUUUUGAAUAAUUUUGACAUUAAUUGCCUUAGACGUUGGAGUAUUUGGAAUUAGGCAUAUAAUACAUAAAAACCACAAACAAAAUGAUUUGUUUUAAAAUGUUCCUUUUUCUGAACAUAUAAAAAUACAUUUACUUAAAAAAUAAAAUUUAUCAAAUAUACCAUUAAUGUUAUUGGACCUUUUUAUAAAAUAGACACAUAUUUUCACAUUUGUUUGAUCAGAAAUACUCUAAUAUAGGAAUAAUAAUUAACCGUAUCAGGUGUUUUAAUUUUUAAUUACUUUUGUGUUAAUUAAUGAGGUGUACCCUUAAAAAUGUGUAUAGCUUUUAUAAGUAAUUUUGUACAAUGUGCUAAAUCCUUUAUAUUUUAAUUCAUAAAAUCGAGAGCAAAGUAAGUGCAAUAUUUUUAAAACAAUAAGAUUCAUUUUAAAUCAAACCUUCAUUCUUAUUUUGAAUUGUAUUUAUAUUACUAAGCUCUUUUGUAAUACAGUAUUAGUUAAUAACAUAAUUCUAAGAACAUGAAAUCAUCAAAUUUCAUUUUCUGUUUGUUUCAUUUUUAUGUUGUUUUAUAUUUUGUUACCUAGUAAUGUGCCUAGAUGUAUAUAAAUUUCAUAAAUCAUCCUGUAUGUUAAAUAAAUAGGAAAUAAUUUUAAUUUUACAGAUUGGUAAUUAUAACU